AUGAACACAAUCGUGUUUAACAAAUUAAGUAGUCAAGUUUUGUUUGAAGAGAAGGCGAAGGAGGUGGAGAGGAGCAGCAGAAAUUAUUUGGAAGUGAUCGAUGGACAGCAUCCGGACCUUCUCGCCAGCAACCAAGGAAUCAAAGACAGCUCCGCCAUCCGACACAGACGAACUGGGUCUCGUCAGAACGGCGGCAAAGUGCGGCAUAAGCGGCAAGCCCUACAGGACAUGGCUCGGCCUUUGAAGCAGUGGUUGUACAAACACCGGGACAACCCAUACCCGACCAAAACAGAAAAAAUCCUCCUUGCCCUCGGCUCACAGAUGACUCUGGUCCAGGUGUCGAACUGGUUUGCAAACGCUCGGAGGCGGUUGAAGAACACUGUGAGGCAGCCGGAUCUCAGCUGGGCUCUGCGGAUUAAACUCUACAAUAAAUAUGUUCAGGGCAACGCAGAGAGACUCAGCGUCAGCAGUGAUGACACCUGUUCUGAAGAUGGGGAGACAGCAGCCCACGGUCAGGCAGGAAUGGCAGAGUUCAAUAAACCCAUGUACCAGAGUGUCAUAAAGAAAGAGGGCAGUGCCGUAGGGGCGGGGCUUAGGGCCGCCGCCGAGGCCGCCUCAUUGGCCGAGGACUACGUCUCUCCGCCCAAGUACAAGAGCAGCCUCCUGCACCGCUACCUGAACGACUCGCUACGUCACGUGAUGGUGGCAAACGGUGUCAUGGAUGCUCGCAAGAGGAAUCACUCAGGCUCCUUCAGUUCUAAUGAAUACGACGAGGACCUGCUGUCCCCGUCGUCAUCGGAAACCGAGGCCAACUUCGUCUACCGCGCCGACGCCAUGGACCAUGGAUCAAGUAAAUACAGUGGCGCACUGAAAGAGAAGGGCCGGGGGAAAGAUGAAACGUACUGGAGAGAGAUCAAUGCGGCCAUGGCCCUGACUAACUUGGCCCAGUCAAAGGACGGAGCAUCAGGCACCACCAGCUGCAUCAUCCAGAAAUCCUCACACAUAGCUGAGAUUAAGACUGUCAAAGUGCCUGUCCUGCACAAGUACUAA